AUGUCGCGUCGCCAACGCCACAAGCAUGUGCAAAUGGGGGCCAGCCUUCGCGGCCGCCUCGAUGCCGCCGGGACACUGAAGUCUCAGGUUUGCAGGGUGGCGUUUGGCAGCGCGUCACUUGCCAGUGCCGAUCAGCCGCGCGCGCCUGAUGGUACAGUCUGUGCGGACAAGCUGCCGGCAGAACGACAAGGGGGUGUUCGGCCAAGCUUGGAGAUGGCCUCGGGUACUACCACGUCAGAGGCGGCGAUGCCACGACAGACGGAGAUGAUGCAGGAGAGACGACGCAUGCGCCGGUCGCGUGUGUUUGCUAGGAGCCGUGACUGUGCGUGGUACGGUACUUCGUACAGACGGUGA